AUGAAGCAACAAAUUAUGGCGAAUUCUUGGUCCAAGUUACUGUGGUUGGGGUAUGUCGCUGGUGGUGCCCAGGCGACGAAUGUGCCCAGAGAUCCGUCUGGCAAACUUCCUACUCUUGGAUGGAACUCUUGGAAUGCGUACCAUUGUGAUAUCAACGAGCAGCAUUUCCUUGAUGCGGCCAAGGCGAUGGUCGAUACGGGCUUGCGCGAUGCCGGAUACAACUAUGUGAACAUCGAUGACUGUUGGUCUGAGAAGACUGGGCGUGUUAAUGGGCACAUGGCCGUCAAUGUGACCCGCUUCCCCGACGGUCUCGAUGGGCUUUCUAAGAAGAUUCAUGAUAUGAAGCUCAAGUUUGGCAUCUACAGCACGGCUGGCACGCUCACCUGCGCGGGAUACCCUGCCAGUUUGGAAUAUGAAGACGUCGAUGCCGCCGACUUUGCAAAAUGGGGUGUUGACUACCUGAAAUACGACAACUGCAACGUCCCCAGCAACUGGCAAGACCAAUACAUCUUCUGCGAAGAAGACGGCGCCAAGAUCGGCUUCAACGGCACGUGCAGCCGCGACCAAAACCCCAAACUCGCCCCCGACGGCUACGACUGGAGCAAGUCCAAGUCCGCCGAACGCUUCAACCGCAUGCGCGACGCGCUCUCCAAGCAAGACCGCGAGAUCCUCUACAACCUCUGCAUCUGGGGCACCGCCGACGUCUUCUCAUGGGGCAAAAACACGGCGAUAAGCUGGCGCAUGAGCGGAGACAUCAGCCCGAACUGGGGCUCCGUCAUGCACAUCCUCAACAUGAACUCGUUCAAGAUGAACACUGUCGACUUUUACGCCCACAACGAUGCGGACAUGCUUGAGGUCGGCAACGGGGACUUGACGCCCGCGGAGACACGCUCCCACUUUGCGCUGUGGGCGGCCAUGAAGUCCCCCUUGCUUAUUGGCACGGAUUUGCAGAAGUUGAGUGCGGAUAACUUGAAGAUUUUGAAGAAUAAGUAUCUGCUUGCGUUUAAUCAGGAUGAUAGGUUUGGGAAGCCGGCUACGCCGUAUAAGUGGGGUGUGAAUCCCAACUGGACUUAUAAUAGUACUAAUCCUGCGGAGUUUUGGGCUGGGCAGUCUAAGAAUGGGCACUUGGUGCUGAUGCUGAAUACUCUUGGGGGCACGGUGAAGAAGACGGCCAAGUGGAGUGAGAUUCCGGGGUUAGGUGGGAGGAAGUAUCGGGUUACGGAUGUGUGGUCUGGUAAGGACUUGGGGUGCUUGAAGGAGUAUUCUGCUGAUGUUGCUGCUCAUGAUACGGCUGCUAUUUUGGUUGGUCGGAGAUGCUAG